UUGUCUGGCUUUCUCUAGGAGCAUAUGGGCUUUGUAUUGUAUAGUCUACACGUUGUAGCUGUUAGGAAGGCUUCGCGCACCCCCUGGUGCUCUCGCGUUUUGUGUGGUAGAGAUUGUCUUCUCUCGCUCUCUCCCCUCUCCCUUCUGGUUGCUCAUUAUUCAAGGAGAGAGAGAGAGAGGGAGAGACACAUACACAUACAUUCAGUGAGAGAGACGGAUCUUUCAGGUCAUCUGCAGCUGCAGAGAAGCAGCAGCAGCCAGUGAAAGAGAGAGAGGAGGAGGUGGAAAAAAGCAGGGAAGAUGGCGAUCCUCCAUUGCUGAGACUGGCAGGAACACGAGACCCAACAAACAACUUCAAGCAGAUCCACCAUCCCCUGUGUGUUUUGGCACCAGAAGAGAGAACCCCACCUUAAAGUCCCCAUACAUCUACACAUACAAGAGAAUCAAAAUUGGAAGCAGCGCGUUCUGAAGGAACAGGACAACAAGAGGCUGGAGCAGCUGCGUCCGGAGCGCCCAAAUUCCCUAAUGUAAAAUCAUUAUCUGACCAUGGAGGUUCUGCAGUGUGAUGGUUGCGACUUUAGAGCCCAGUCCUAUGAUGAACUAAAGGCUCACAUUCAAGAUGUACAUACUGCAUUUUUGCAACCCACAGAUGUAACGGAAGAAGGUUCUAGUCAGACUAGAUCAGUGGGUACAAAUUCCAGCAACCAGUCAGAAGGUGUGUUCUCUUCAGUUAAAGAUGAAUUUGUUGCAACAGAAGAAACUCAUGACCAGGGUGUUCCUCAAGUUCAAACUUCAUAUUAUGGCCAUAACGCAACUUUAUUUGGUCAAUCUGCAAUAGGAAGCUCAAAGCCGACCAACAAAUUUUUCCAGUGCAAGUUUUGUGUUCGUUAUUUCAGAUCCAAAAAUCUACUUGUGGAACAUACCAGAAAGGUUCAUGGUCAUGGAGCAAAUUCAACCCCUGGAUCUAUGAACUAUAAUAUUAUGAUGCACGAUGGCUUUGGAAAGGUUUUCUCCUGCCAGUUUUGUACUUACAAGUCACCCCGAAGAGCAAGAAUAAUCAAGCAUCAAAAAAUGUAUCAUAAGAAUAGCCUAAAAGAGACUUCACCUACAACCUCACAAGCUGUUCCUGUGACAGUUCAAGAAACUUAUAAGGAACUUCCAGCAGAAGUAGUAGAACGUAGUAUUCUUGAAUCAAUGGUGAAGCCCUUAACAAAGUCUAGGGGUAACUUUUGUUGUGAAUGGUGUAGCUAUCAGACACCCCGAAGGGAACGCUGGUGUGAUCAUAUGAUGAAAAAACAUCGUGGGAUGGUCAAGAUACUGUCAAGCUUACGGCAAGAUGGCAUGAACAUGUCAGAGUUACAAAAUAAAACUUCACUUGGUUCAAGUCCUAGCACCAGCUUUAUGCCACUGAACUUAGGGUCACAUGAUCUCCCUAAUGCUAAUGUUCAGAGCUAUAGAAGCCCUGUCAAUAAUGUACUACCUAGAGGGGGUGCUCCCAAAUAUCCACCCAUGUCAUAUGUUCCAAUUAAGCCAAAGCCUUCUCCAAAUACAGGCCUCAUGAACAUGUCAGAUAGGUCACCGUAUGGGUUUUCAGACAAGUCUAAUGUUCCACCGGAAAUGGAUGAUACUGCAAUGCUAAACGAUUCUAGUUCAGAUGAAGAGUAUAUUGAGCUGGAUAGUGAAAAUGGUUUAAGCUCACUGGAUCAUCAUGGUUCAGGAAUGUCUGGAGAGCCAUUGUUGGGUUCAGAAAACAACAAAUUACUAGAAACAAAGGGAAUUCCAUUUAGAAGGUACAUGAACAGAUUUCAGUGUCCUUUCUGCCCGUUUCUUACAAUGCAUCGACGGAGCAUCUCUCGGCAUAUUGAAAACAUUCACCUAUCUGGGAAGACUGCUGUAUACAAGUGUGAUGAAUGUCCAUUUUCAUGCAAAAGCCCUUUAAGGCUUGGUGCACAUAAACAAUGUCAUUCUGGUGCAUCACCUGAGUGGGAUACACUAGGCACAUUCAAUGAUAGUAUGCCUUCAUCCUUAAAUGAAAGUUUUGAUAGUAGUAAUAUCAAUGGGAGAAAAUCUAUAUUUAUGACUGAUUCUACCCAACAGUAUCCUUACAAAUGCACCAUGUGCAGUUAUUCUACUACUACUCUAAAGGGUCUACGUGUUCAUCAACAACACAAACAUUCAUUUUGUGACAAUAUGCCUAAGUCUGAUAGUAAUAUGGUGAGGCAGACACAGGAGAGUGAACCAGAUUCCAAUUCCAAUAUGGUUAGGAAGAGCCAGACGUCCAUAUUGGGAUUAUCUUCUAAAAAUAAUUUUGUGGCAAAGGCAUCUCGAAAAAGUUCAACUGACUUUCCUUUAGACUUGUCACCUGGGAAAAAAAGAACAAGGAUUGAUGAAAUUGCGAGCAAUCUGCAGAGCAAAAUUAAUCAGAGUAAACAGCAGGAAGAGGAUUCUGUCAUUAAUGUGGAAGAUGAUGAGGAGGAGAAUGAAGUGGAGAUAGAAGUAGAGCUAGACAAGGAAGAUGAUAUGUCCGAACCAAUAAUGGAGUCAGAAAAUGCAUAUACCCUUCAGCAGAUCUGGAACAAGGAUGCAAAUUCUACCCAGAAAAGCAUGAACUUCAGAAAUAUUCAGCAAAAUUAUUCAGCAUCCAAUGGCGCAGAAAUUGAGUUGACUCUGUCAGAUGAUGAUGAUGAUUAUUACUACCAGUCUGUGGUCCUCAAAGACCAAGACUCUCACGCAUUAGUAUCUAAUCAGUCUGGUUUGUUUGGUGAAAAUGACCAACUGAAUGAAAGUUCUGAAUAUAAUGAGGAGUCUGGAAGAUUAUACUACUGUAAGCACUGUGACUUUAGCAACAAAUCUGCAAGGAGUGUUAGUACUCAUUAUCAGAGGAUGCAUCCAUAUAUAAAGUUUAGUUUUCGGUAUAUUUUGGAUCCAAAUGAUCACAGUGCAGUAUACAGAUGCCUAGAAUGCUAUAUUGACUACAAUAAUUUUGAUGACUUGCAGCAACAUUAUGCUGAGCAUCACCCAGAGGCAAUGAAUGUUCUCAAUUUUGACCAAUCUGAUCUGAUAUAUCGGUGUCGCUUUUGUUCUUACACAAGUCCAAAUGUUCGAAGCUUGAUGCCACAUUACCAAAGAAUGCAUCCAACCGUUAAAAUCAACAAUGCAAUGAUAUUUUCCAGUUAUGUCGUUGAACGUCAAGAUGAAUUAUCUUCUGAAUCACAGACAUUGAGGGAAAUCUUGAAUUCUGCACCUAAAAGCAUGGCCACAUCUACUCCAUCGGGGCAAGGUGCUAGCACCACUGCAUCUUUAAACAAAAAUGCCACAAAGUCCUUUGCAUCAGAAAAUGAAAAUCAAAAGGCACCACCUUCAGUUAAUAAUGUGGUAGUUUAUGACUGCGACGUAUGUAAUUUUGCAAGUCCAAACAUGCAUUCUGUCCUAGUUCAUUAUCAGAAAAAACAUCCGGAUGAAAAGGCUUCCUACUUUAGGAUUCAAAAAACAAUGCGUAUUGUCUCUGUUGACAGUGGAUCUGCAAUGUCACAGCUGGCAUUUGAUGGAGGCUCUUCCAUAACACCAUCUCCCUCUAAUGUGACUACACCAAACCAAGAAUUUAAUGCUGAAAUAUACUUUUGCAAGCACUGCUCAUAUACCAAUCGCUCGGUUGUUGGCGUAUUAGUUCACUAUCAAAAACGACAUCCUGAAAUUAAAGUCACUGCAAAGUACAUUAGACAGGCACCUCCAACAGCCGCUGGGAUGAUAAAUUCUGAUUCCCAACAAAGCACACAUUCAACAAAACCAGCUACUACCCAGAAUGCAAAGAAGAGCACAUUACAACCUCGAGAAAAUGAGAUGUUUUUCUGUCAGCACUGUGAUUAUGGGAAUCAGACUGUUAAAGGCGUUCUUAUUCAUUAUCAAAAGAAACACAGGGAUUUUAAAGUAAACGCAGAUGUAAUUAGACAGCAUACAGCUGCCAUUAGGAGCCUUUGUGAUCAGGGGCAAAAGAAGCUUGACACAAACACAAAUUUAGCACCUUCAGCUGCUGAUAAUGAAAAAACAAAACUUCGAAGUCUCAGGUGUAGACAGUGUUCAUAUUCAACUCCUUACGUGUAUGCUCUAAGAAAACAUAUGAAAAAAGAUCAUCCUAAUUUGAAGGCAACAGUUACUUCAAUAUUGAAAUGGGCCUUUUUAGAUGGCUUCAUAGAAGCUGGUUAUCACUGUGAAUGGUGUAUCUAUUCCCAUCCAGAACCAAGCGGUUUGCUUGAACAUUACCAAAGAAGACACCCUGAACAUUAUGUGGAUUAUACCUACAUGGCUACUAAGUUAUGUGCAGGUCCAGAAAAUGUUGCACAAGCUGCAUCAGACUCCAAAUCCUAUAAAUGUAGAGACUGUAGUUUUGAGGGACCCUCUAUAUGGGAUAUAACUAAUCACUAUCAAGCCUUUCACCCUUGGGCACUAAAAGGGGAUGAAUCAAUACUACUUGACAUAAUAAAAGAAAAAGAUGCUUCGGACAAGGCAAAUGCAGAAGACUCUAUUUUGUCCCAUAUUCAGUCAAUACAGAACCCUGUAACCAACACUGAGCCACAAUUGGACAGUGGGGAUGAAUCUAAUUUAUUGCAAGAAAAAAGCUUACAGUCAACUGGUCACUCUGCAUUAUCUUCUUCGCCAUAUCAGUGCGCAGUCUGUCAAUCUGAAUACAAUAACCUACAUGGCCUUCUUACACACUAUGGCAAAAAACAUCCUGGUAUGAAGGUGAAAGCUGCUGAUUUUGCACAGGACACAGACAUUAACCAUGGAGCUGUGUAUAAAUGCAGGCACUGUCCUUAUAUAAACACUCGAAUUCACGGAGUCCUCACUCACUAUCAAAAACGUCAUCCUACCAUAAAAGUCACUGCUGAAGAUUUUGUACAUGACGUGGAACCGCCUUCUGAAAUGUCUCAGAAUGAUGCAGAAGAGCAUAAUCGCAUCUUUAAGCAAGGGUAUGGUGCUUACAGAUGCAAAAUAUGCCCUUACUUCCACGGGACCCUUGAAAAGUUAAAAAUCCAUUAUGAAAAAUAUCACGACCAACCGGAACCUGACAUACUCUCACAAUCCUCCCCAAGAGACAGUUGUUCAGGGGACCCAGAGACCCUUUCUGAUGAUCAGCCACCUCAGACUGUUGUUACUCUGGAGCCUGGAGAGGUCCCUGAUGAAGCAAGUUUUAAACAUAACCAUGUCCCUUCCCAUACUGUCUUUAGGUGCCAGCUAUGUAAAUACUUCUGCUCUACCAGAAAAGGGAUAGCACGACACUACCGCAUCAAACAUAACAAUGUUCGAGCUCAACCAGAAGGAAAAAACAAUUUAUUCAAAUGCGCACUUUGUGCAUAUACAAAUCCAAUUCGCAAAGGCCUUGCUGCCCACUACCAGAAGCGGCAUGAUAUUGAUGCAUAUUACACCCAUUGUUUAGCUGCAUCCAGAACGGUUACUGACAAGCCCAAUAAAGUUAUCAUUCCCACCCCUCCUAAAGACGACUCUCCAGAACUGAGUGAUGAAUUAAAGAAAGCAGUGGAAAGAAAAAAAUGUUCUCUCUGUCCUUUUCAGUCCUUCAGCAAAAAAGGUAUUGUUUCCCAUUAUAUGAAACGCCAUCCAGGUGUUAUUCCCAAAAAGCAAAAUGCCAGCAAGCUCGGUUGUUACUUUACAGCUGUGUAUGCGGAAGAAAAUGAAUGCCAAAGUUCUGGUGAAGACAAGCUUGAACCUGAAGCACCAGUUGUUGAAGAGCCUGAGCCUCCAGAACCUGAAUUGCUUCCAUUUAGGUGUAUAAAAUGCUUUAAACUCUCAUUUAGUACUCCUGAGCUGCUGUGCAUGCAUUAUACAGACCACCACAGUAAGGACAUAAAGAGGGACUUCUCCGUUUUGGGCACUACUGGCACAAGAUCCUCUACCACCACAUAUCAAUGCAAGCAUUGUGGCAGCAAGCUGAACAGUGUAACUGAGCUGACCUUGCACUUGAAUUCUCACAUAGAAGACUUUCAGAAACGUGCAAAACGCCAGGAAAGACGGAAGCAGCUUAUGAACAAGCAAAAAAGCACAGAGACUGCUCUUGCAGAUGGUAAACCUGAUAAGACUGGUCAGGAGGGGCUGCCUAAACCCCAGAAGGAAAAGGUAGUUGUUGGCUACAAGUGUAAAUUCUGUGUGGAAGUCCAUCCAACACUCCGUGCCAUCUGUAAUCAUCUCCGUAAACAUGUCCAGUAUGGCAAUGUACCUCCUGACUUCAAGGAUGACGAGGACGAUAUCACUGAUAUGAAUGAUGAUGUUGACAAAGAACCUGAUAGUUCAAAUGCAUCUGUAGCAGAAGGAGCUGUGGAAGGAGAAGCAAAAGAGCCCAAUCAGGAGGAACAAUCAAGACCCGGAGGCUAUCCUUGUACCCAAUGCGAUCGUGUUUUAAUGUCAAUGCAAGGUCUCCGUUCCCAUGAGAGAAGUCACUUGGCACUGGCACUGUUUACUCGAGAAGACAAAUACAGCUGCCAGUUCUGCUCCUUUGUCUCUGCCUUCAGACACAAUUUGGACCGCCACAUCCAGACUCAUCAUGGGCAUCAUAAACCAUUCAGGUGCAAACUGUGCCCUUUCAAAUCUUCCUAUAAUAGCCGACUGAAGACACACAUUAUUAAGGCUCAUGGGGGGGAUCAUGCCUACAAAUGCUCCUCUUGUCCGUUUUCCACUAUGACAAUCAGUCUACUGAAAGAUCACUCUUUAAAAGUUCACGGAAAGAUGUUAACUUUGCCCCGACUGCGCACCAUUGUUCAGACAAUCCCGAGAGCCAAGCAGUCCUCGCGGAUUGGAAAGGAAACUGGUAUGGAAGAGUCUUUGUAUUCUGAGCCACCAGAUGUUCAGCAGCAACUCAAUCAUUACCAGUCGGCUGCUCUAGCUAAAAAUAACAGCAACAAUAGCCCUGUGCCUCUUCCUGUGGUCAACACUUCAGCCGAGCUGAAACAGGAAGCGGUCCUCAACUGUGAAUUCUGUGAAUUUUCAUCUGGAUACAUUCAAAGCAUUCGUCGUCACUACCGAGAUAAGCACGGAGGAAAGAAACUUUUUAAGUGCAAAGAUUGCACUUUUUAUACAUGCUUUAAGUCUGCUUUUACUAUGCAUGUUGAAGCUGGACAUUCAGGAACCCCCAAGGAAGGACCUAAAGACCUUCGUUGUCCAUUCUGCCUGUACCACACAAAAUAUAAACACAACAUGAUUGAUCAUAUUGUCCUACACAGAGAAGAAAGAGUCGUCCCAAUAGAAGUCUGCCGCUCUAAGUUAUCUAAACAACUGCAGGGAGUUGUGUUCCGAUGUGAUAAAUGCACCUUUACCUGCUCCAGUGAUGAAAGCUUACAACAACACAUAGAGAAGCACAAUGAGCUGAAACCCUACAAAUGCCAACUAUGCUACUAUGAAAGCAAGCAAUCAGAAGAGCUAGACAGCCAUCUUAGAGAGGAACAUAAGGUAUCUCGUAAUUUUGAACUGGUUGGACUUGUGAACUUGGAUCAGUUAGAACAAAUGAAAGAUAAAACAGAUACUUCAAGCAGUGAUGAAGAGGAAACUGGCUUCAAGUCUGAAGACACUGUGCCCUUUCCUGACAACAAGGUUGCCACACCAGAAAAACGUUUUCGAUGUGAGUUUUGUGGAAGAACCUUUACGCAAGACUCAGAAUGGGAACGGCAUGUGUUGCGACAUGGCAUGACCAUAAGUGAAAACCCUAAAGAAAUUGAAGAGACCCGAAAGCAAGAAGACAAUGUUGAGGAGAGCCAGAUGGACUAUGUGAACAAAGUGGAAAAGACAGAAGAGAGACUAGGAGAUUAUUGCCAGCAAACGAAAACUUCUAGUUUUAAAAACCUAACCAUUUCAGAAAAAGUGGAGACCAAAAAGGAAUAAAUAAUUUCUGGCAAUAUAAUGAGUACUUACUUGAACUAUUGGACACAUUUCCAGAAAAAAAGCUGCUUUUUAGGACCUUUAACAUCUAUUUUUCCCAAGCACUGGUACUUGUAUGAGUUUGUAUAAAGUACAAUAUUUAAAUAAGAAAUUAGUCACUCCAGGACAUCACUACUAAUUGUUUUAGUUUUCAAGCUUCGUUCAUUUAGGAUUAACAGGAGGACUAUUACUUCAGUGAACAAAACUGUUAUGGAAUUCUUUGGUUUUUCCCUUGGACUCAUAGAAGUCAAUAGAAACCAUUUUUGGACAUCUUUAUACAUUUUUAAUAUGAAAUUCUCGUGCAGUUGCUCUAGAGACAAUUACAGGAGCUUGAAACUCAUGCUCUUCAUUCAGCAGUCACCAGAUUCCUAGUACCUCAAAAUUACACAAGGGAAUUCUCUACAUUGUUUGUACUACUUUUUCCUGGUGGUCGAAAGUUGAGCAAGAUAAUGAACAAAUAUUUCAGAAUGAAUAAAAGACAAACCAUCCUGCUUAAAGCCCCUUCUGGCCUUUGUCUUAAAAUACUGUGAUUAUUUUUUGUUACAUUUUAAUAAAAUAAAAAAGGUAAAAAUAUGUUAAAAAUACCGUAUAGGUUAGUGUUUAACUGUUACUGAACUCCGUGUAAGGUGACGUUUUUGUUAUUUUUGUUUCGUUUUUACAAAAAAGAAAAUAUUGGCCUCUUAGCCUGUGCAGGCCCCAUCACCAUGUCUUGUCUAUUUUCUGCAGUGCCACACUAAAGAAAUGUAGCAUAAACUUGAUUUUACCAAUUGGAAUGGUUAUAUGCAAGAAAGUGAUAUGAAUGUUUGACACAACUUCGCUACAUAUUAACUUGUAUGCAAAAUAGUCAAUAUUGCAUAUAGCAUUACAGCAUGUUUAUUGAAAAUUGUGAAAAUACUACAAAUGCAUCAUUAAAUAUCCAAAGUCUGAAAGUGAGAAAAACUAAGUUAUACAAUUCCAAAUGUUUUGUUCUUUAAAAAAAUAUUAUUAUAUGUAUAUAUAUAUUGUACCUCCACGCACCAGUACCUCUCAAACCACCAGAACUUUAAACCUCAGAUGCAUGAAGGUUAACCCAUCUUUUUGUGUGUGGGGGGGGAGUUGUGGUUUUUUUUUCCUUCAACGAUGGGGGUGUUGCGUGUAAAGCAUUUGAUCUAAAAAGGCACAAAUUAAUUUGCAUUCAUUGAAAUAUCACUCAAACCAAAUAGCAUUUGAAUCAUUCAAGAUUUUGUACGGCUGUUUAUUAAUUAAAAAAAAAAACUGAACCACCCUACAAAUGUAUUGAUUUGCAUCUCCCAGUUUUAACCAGGAGAGAUGGUUACACAUUAACAUUUUAAUUUCUUAAUUCUGUCUCAGUUGCACUUUCUUGAGAUUAAACAUUUUAAAUAUAUGAAACUGUUUUCCUUUUUUAUAUAAUUCUAGCUAAGGUAGACUUUUAGUCGAUUUUUUAUGAAAAAAAAAAAAAAACAUCCUUAAAAGGUUCCUAUAAUAUUUACCCCUACCUCAUUCUUUUGAAAUGAGCAGGCAUCUUUUUUGGUUUAUCACGCUGACAACCUAGCUGGAAUAUAUGUGGGGAAGACAGGUAAAAACUAAAGGGGUGCAGCUUUUUUUAACCCAAGCUUCCAAAAUGUCUCAAUGAAAUUGGCAUGGAAAAGAGGCACAAGCAAUUUUUCUAAUUAAAGAGCUUUUGCAGCAGACACUUUGUACCUGUAGCGGGUUAAAAACACAGAGAAAGUUGGUCCAGCAUGGCUAAAGAGUACAACAUAUUAAUUGACUUUGUCCUUAAAUCUCUUGGCAGUGAGCUGCUACCAAAAACAGUAAAAGUUGUGAUGUGUUUUAUCACUUCUUUGUUUUCAAAUAGCAUGUAAAUAUUGUAAUCCAUUUGACUUUGUUUUGCUAACCUGUUAAUAAAACUAUGGGACCAUUAUCCUUUUAAACAA